AACCCUGGGACUCUGGGAGGCUACGGAAUCAAACUCCAGAGACAGACUCGUGUCAGGAACAAAACUCCGGCGAAUAUUCAAAUCACCGCCGAACAGAUCCUCCGGGAGGCUUGUGACCUCCAAGACGCGGCGGAGAUCAAUCCUCUGAAGUCGGAAAUCACCGACGCCGCCGAGCUCGCCGAUCACCGCCUCCGCAAGCGCAAGGAGUUCGAGGACCAAAUCAAAAGAACGCAAUGGAACGUCACCGUUUGGACCAAGUACGCUCAAUGGGAAGAGUCUCAGAGAGACUUCGAUCGAGCUCGAUCUUUGUGGGAACGAGCUCUCGGAGUCGAGCAUCGGAACCACACUCUGUGGCUCAAGUACUCCGAGUUCGAGAUGAACAACAAGUUCAUCAAUCACGCGCGCAACGCGUGGAAGUGGAACCGUGCCGUCACGAUCUUUCCGAGAGUGAACCUGUUGUUGCACAAGUACCUCCACAUGGAAGAGGUGAUCGGAAAUAUCUCCGGCGCUAGAAACAUCUUCGAGAGGUGGAUGACUUGGUCGCCGGACCACCAAGCCUGGCUCUCCUACGUCAAAUUCGAGCUCCGAUACAAUGAGAUCGAGCGAGCUAGGCAAAUCUUCGAGAAUUUCGUGCAUUGUCACCCUAAGGUCACUGCCUGGAUUCACUACGCCAAAUUCGAGAUCAAGAAUGGCAAAAUCGCUAGGGCGAGGAAUGUUUACGAAAGAGCGGUGGAAAAACUCGGCGAAGACAUGGAGCGCACAAGAGAGGUGUAUAGCACUGGUAUCUGGUUUUCAUAUGUAAGAUUCACAUGAGUGGACAAACCCAAGUGACUUUGAAGAUAUUACUCAUUUACUGUUAAUUUUUCCAUGGAAUCUCCUUAAGCUCAUUUGUCAUGAGAAAGUCUCUUUUGCAAAACUAUGGCUUCUAGCUGCCCAAUUUGAGAUCCGGUAGCCGAAUCUCAAGGCUACAAGACAAAUCCUAGGAAAUGCAAUUGGCAGGGCUCCUAAAGAUAAGGUCAGUUACAGGUUUUGUCGUGGUAUAUAUUAUAUCAUUAUCCAUUAAUUUGGCAUAUUCUCACAAUUGUAACUGUGUUUUUUCAAUAAAAUAGACAUUAAGAAAUAUAUUGAGAUAGAGCUGCAGCUUGGAAAUAUAAACCAUGGUCGAAAACUCUAUGAGAAGUAUUUAGAGUGGUCGCCUGAAAACUGUUACGCAUGGAGCAAGUAUGAGGAGUUAGAGAGAUCUUUGUGCGAGACUGGUGAGCUAGGGCAAUCUCUGAGCUUGCGAUUGCCGGAUAAAGACUGAAGAGUAGAUUUUUUGAAGCAUAAGAAAGGAUGUCAAUGCUCAAGUGGAGUAUAAUGGUAGAGGUUGUGAUUCAAUGCUCAGCAGAAUCAGGAAAGAGACUGGUAUCAGGCAAAGGUCACUGAUGUUAAAGUUUAGUCCCUGUGUAGU